AUGCUGCAAAAAAACCAGGUUGCCAGCAAUCCAACCAACACCGUUUUUGAUGCCAAGCGUUUGAUUGGCCGAAAUUUCCAGGAUCCUGUUGUCCAAGCGGACCUGAAGCUUUGGCCCUUCAAGGUUGUGUCUGAUGGGUCAUCAGAUGACAAGCCACUGAUCGAGGUUGUUUACCAGGGUGUGGACAAGAAAUUUCACCCAGAAGAGAUCUCGUCGAUGAAACUUGGCGCAAGGAAGGCCUUCGGCCAGGCGUUUGUGGGUCAGCGCGUGCGAAGUGCUGUGAUCACGGUCCCUGCAUACUUCAAUGACUCUCAGAGGCAGGCAACAAAGGAUGCCGGCGAGAUUGCUGGCCUGAACGUGCUCCGCAUCGUCAAUGAGCCGACUGCUGCUGCCAUCGCUUAUGGCUUGGACGCAAAAUCCAAAGACAAAAAGAGUGGAGAAAAGGAGACCCACAUUCUCGUUUUUGACAUGGGAGGAGGCACUUUCGAUGUCUCGAUCCUUACAAUUACUGAUGCGGUCUUCGAAGUGAAGGCCACGGCAGGCGACCCCCACUUGGGUGGAGAGGACUUUGACAAUCGCAUGCUCAGCUAUUGCAUUUCUGAGUUUCGCCGCAAGCAUAAGUCUGAUCCAACUCGGAGACUGGCUUUCGCCCCUUCCCUUCUCAGGCGUAUGUACAGGAAUCAGCGUGCCAUUCGGCGUUUGAGAACACAGUGUGAGCGUGCAAAGCGGCAGCUAUCGACGCAGACAUCUGUGACCAUUGAGGUGGACUCCCUGCACGAUGGUGCCGAUUUCAGUUUGCGGCUUUCGCGUGCCAAGUUCGAAGAACUGUGCAUGGAUUACUUCAAGAAGGCAAUGGAACCUGUAUCCCAGUGCCUUGGAGACAGUGGCUUGCCCAAAUCGAAGAUUUCUGAUGUGGUCUUGGUGGGUGGUUCCACACGCAUCCCCAAAGUCCAGGAACUUAUCAGCUCAUUCUUCAAUGGGAAGCAUUUGUGCAAGGAGAUCAAUCCCGACGAAGCCGUGGCAUACGGAGCAGCGGUCCAAGCUGCCAUUGUGUCCGGAACAGGCAUGGUUGCAAGUGAGCCUGAUUUCACCACUGCGGAAGACUACCAGGACCAUGUAGAAAUCAAGGUAUAUGAAGGAGAGCGAGCAAUGGUGAAAGACAACAACUACCUUGGAAAAUUUGUGCUGACCAGCAUCCCCAAAACCCUACGAGGUGUCCCAAAGAUCAAGGUCACUUUCAAUGUCGACUCAAACGGAAUCCUGGAAGUAACAGCGGAGGACAUGAAGACCCACCGCAAGGGAGAGAUUCAGAUUACAAAUGAGAAAGGCCGCCUGUCUCAACAUGAUAUCGAGCGAAUGCUUAAGGAUGCUGAGGCCCACAAGGACGAAGAUGAUUUGGCAAGAGGUGAAAUAAUGGCUAGAGAGUCACUGACGGUCUACAUGAGAAGAACCAGGAAGGCUUUGGAAGAGAUCGAUUCCGACAAGAUUUUGAAGCGAGAUCGCGAGAGACUAGAGAAGAAGAUGGAAGAG